AUGUCAUUAGAUUGUAAAAGGACGAGUCAAAGUUCGCGGAUUCCUUUUAAUAAUGGGCAGUUAGCUUCCUCGCUGGGGACAAUAUCUUCCCCCACCUCGGUGGUUUAUGACCGGAUUCAUUCAUUUUCUCUCUUUAUCUCUCUCUCAGCCAAAUUUAACGUCUUUUCUUUCUUUUCGGUUGUGUUUUUUAUUUCUUUCGACACUUUACGUUUAAAUAUAAACCUCACUCAUAUCUAUCUAUCUAUCUAUCUAUCUAUCUAUCUAUCUAUCUAUCUAUCUAUCUAUCUAUCUAUUGGGAGAGAGACGCACACAUUGCAUUUAUUUUAUAAUUUCCAUUGUCAGUUACUUUUAGAACGCCAUAUGUUUCAAGCAGAACUUUCAUUUUUCUCCAUCAUUGGAUCCAAAUUCUUCUUUUCUAUCAUUGGAUCCAAAUUCUUCUUUUCCAUCACUGGAUCUAAAUUCUUCUUCUCCAUCACUGGAUCCAAUUUUUUUUUCUCUAUCAUUGGAUCAAAAUUCUUUUUCUCCAUCAUUGGAUCAAAAUUCUUCUACAUCAUUGAAUCCAAAUUCUUUUUCUUCAUCAUUGGAUCCAAACUUCUUUUUCUUCAUCAUUGA